GCUCCGGCUCCGGCUUCGGCUCGGGCUCGGGCUCGGCGGGCGGGCGGGCGGACAUGGCGGCCAACAUGUACCGGGUCGGAGAUUAUGUCUACUUUGAGAAUUCCUCAAGUAAUCCAUAUCUAAUCAGAAGGAUAGAAGAACUUAAUAAGACAGCAAAUGGCAACGUGGAAGCAAAAGUAGUAUGCUUUUAUAGACGGCGAGACAUUUCCAACAGUCUUAUAAUGCUUGCAGACAAGCAUGCUAAAGAGAUUGAAGAAGAAUCUGAAACUUCAAUAGAUGCUGAUCUGACAGAUAAACAGAAGCAUCAGUUGAAACAUAGAGAACUAUUUUUGUCACGUCAAUAUGAAUCUCUUCCUGCAACACAUAUCAGGGGGAAAUGUAGUGUUGCACUACUGAAUGAAACAGAAUCAGUUUUGUCAUAUCUUGAUAAAGAGGAUACCUUUUUCUAUUCUUUGGUUUAUGAUCCUUCAUUGAAAACACUUUUAGCAGAUAAAGGCGAAAUCAGAGUAGGACCUAGAUAUCAAGCAGAUAUACCAGACAUGCUUGCAGAAGGAGAAGCAGAUGGCAGAGAACAAUCAAAAUUGGAGGUCAAAGUUUGGGACCCAAACAGCCCUCUUACUGAUCGGCAGAUUGACCAAUUUUUAGUUGUAGCACGUGCGGUUGGAACAUUUGCUCGAGCCCUGGAUUGCAGUAGUUCAGUCAGACAGCCCAGUUUACACAUGAGUGCAGCUGCUGCUUCCCGAGACAUCACUCUGUUCCAUGCUAUGGACACAUUAUACAGACACAGCUAUGAUUUAAGCAGUGCAAUUAGUGUUCUCGUACCACUUGGAGGACCUGUUUUAUGUAGAGAUGAAAUGGAAGAAUGGUCUGCUUCUGAAGCUAGCCUAUUUGAAGAAGCUUUGGAAAAAUAUGGAAAAGACUUCAAUGAUAUACGUCAGGACUUUCUCCCAUGGAAGUCAUUGACUAGCAUCAUUGAAUAUUAUUACAUGUGGAAAACUACUGAUAGAUAUGUACAACAGAAACGACUGAAAGCUGCUGAAGCUGAAAGCAAAUUGAAACAGGUUUAUAUUCCAACUUACAACAAACCAAAUCCCAACCAAAUAUCUGGCAGCAAUGGCAAACCCAACACUGUGAAUGGAGCUGUGGGAACCCCAUAUCAACCCCAGAGUGCACUGAUAGGACGAGCCUGUGAGAGCUGCUACACCACACAAUCUCACCAAUGGUACUCUUGGGGGCCACCUAACAUGCAAUGUAGAUUAUGUGCAACCUGUUGGCUGUAUUGGAAAAAAUAUGGUGGCCUGAAAAUGCCUACACAGACAGAAGAAGAGAAGCUAUCACCCAACCCAACCACAGAGGACCCCCGUGUUAGAGGUCACAUGUCACGUCAGGCCACACAGGGAAUGCCAGUCCGAAACACUGGAAGUCCAAAGUCAUCUGUGAAGACCCGCCAAGCUUUCUUCCUUCAUACUACAUGUUUGACCAAACUUGCUCGCCAGGUCUGCAAAAAUACCCUCCGGCUGCGGCAGGCAGCAAGACGACCCUUUGUCCCUAUUAAUUGUGCUGCCAUUAGGGCAGAAUAUGCAGACAGACACUCAGAGGUAUCAGGAAAUACUAUGAAGAGCAAAAGCACUAGAAAACCUUUGGCAUGUAUCAUUGGUUAUUUAGAGAUCCAUCCUGCAAAGAAACCAAAUGUACUAAGAUCUACGCCAAGCCUGCAAAGCCCAUCCACUAAGCGGAUGCUUGCUACCCCAAACCAUGCAUCUCUGAGCAUCCUGGGGAAGAGAAACUACAGCCAUCACAAUGGCCUGGAUGAACUCACAUGCUGUGUUUCAGACUGAGAUGCCCUCAUCCCAUCCUCCAAACCAAGACUUACUUCACUGUCCUACUGACGUUCACAGCUUUGGCUUAGGAAGAGGAAGUUGUGCUGGCACAUUCCAGCUUGACACCCCCAUGCUGAGUCAGUGGCCUGCAGUGGGGAAAUUUGAGUUCAGAUCCCCAAAGCUACAUCUCCAUUUUUGAAUCAAUAGCAUCUCCCCUAGCCUCUUGAGAUACAAGCUGCCCCCAAACAGGACCCAUUUGAGAAGGGAAGAGGCAAAAGUUUACCCUGCUCUACUGUAUUUUAUCUGCAUCCCUCCAGCAUCACAGGAUUUGUGGGGUUUUUUCUUCCUCCUCUUGAGCACAUAAAUGAGCAUCUGUAUCUCCUAGAAAGAAGCAAGUCCUGAGUCCCGCUGCCUUGGAGAGACAGUAAUGUUUCAUGUAUCAGCCUGACUGGUUUGUGAGGAUGCAUAAUUUUGUAGAGGAGGGGGCAGAGCAUCUUUUUGAAAGAAUUCUUGAGAAAAAUGCCCAUGUACCCACAGCCUCCUCUGACAUCUUUUCCCAUUUUUUAGGCAUCAGGGUCACAUAGCUUUGAUACCAUCAUUACAUACCUUCCUCUUUGUUGUCAAGUUCUUAUUAGUUGUGUGGUUUAUUUUUUAAAAAGGGAAAUUUUCUCUCCCCCUGGGCAGCAAGAGUCUCCAGAAUUACCUGUCAUAAGCAGCAGAAAUUGCCCUUUGUGAUUCUGUAAAAGUCUUCUUCCUUUGUCACCUGUCUUUUUAAUUGUUGGGUAUAUAACCUGAAGCCUUAACAUUCACAUGUAGCUCUUAGAUUAUCUUGCCCUUUUCUCAUUCCCCAGUGCUUAAACUUUGCCACAAAUUUGUCAUAAAUGAUGUGACACAAAUUGUUUUCUUCCCUUUCUAAGGGAACUUUCAUUCUAUUCCCUGAUGAUAAUAGAGGUGUUAUGGGCUCCUUUCCACCAGGUUAUCCCCACACAUCAUUCAGGUGACAAACUAGCAAAGGAUAAACUGGGGCUGAAUCUGCCUUCAUGUGGUUGAAGCAAGCCAAGACACAUCUGUUCAGUCAAGGACAAUUUUGUCCUUUAAGGAAUAUGGAAGUAGGAAGGAAGAAAGGGGGAAUAAGAGAAAGGAGGAAAGGGGAAAGAGAGAGAGGAUGUGAGAGAGAGUAGGAAGGAGGAAGGUAGAGAGAAGGAGAGAGAGAGUAUGACAGAUAGACACAGAUGUUAAGAGUCCCUAAGGAAUCUGCAUGAAGACAGCAUCAUUUUCUGGCUUGAACACCUACCCUCAACACCGGAUUUUGUUGUCUUUGCAAGUGGUAUAAGUCUUUAACUGAGGCCAAAUUUGAAGAAAAAAAAAUUUCUUCCUGGAAAGGCAAAUGUAGAUGAUAUCCCUGAAUCUGAAUUUCUACAUGCAUGACUUAUAAGUCUCAUUUUUUUUUAGCACUUAGGAAAAGGAGGGAAACACUUAGGAGCUGCACAUUGUUUUUCUUUAUUAUAGGGUCCAUUGUUCCUAUAAUAUUUAAACAUUCAGGAAAUGUGAGACAUUAAUUGAAUAAGUCUUGAGGUCCCUGUCUCUCUAGUCAGCCAUAUUCUUAAUAGAUGGAUUUGAGUGAACAUAAGAGAACAUUAUAUAUGUUGGGAUGAUACUCUGGGUCAAAGUUUCAAGUAUUAACUUGACUUCCAGAAAUAUUAAUUAUUUCCUCCUUUUUUUUUAAAUGAGGAAGGCAAUCCAGGCCCUAUUCCCAGAAAUAUUUUCAGAUCUGUCCUCUGGAGUAAUGUGAGAUAAUGAGUGGGUACCAGAAGAUAAGCCAGCUAAAUGGAGAACAAGGUGAUGAAAGGAGAUGGGGGGGAAGGUUCAGAAAGUCAAGAAGGAUUUUUUUAAGGUGGUUCUUGGAGUAUAGGAAAAAGAAAAGCAAAUUUGUCUGUCUUCUUGUAUGAGUUAUAUGGUAGAGACAUUCAAACUGUUCCUGUUUCGUGAAUUUUCUUUUUUUUGAUCCAAGACACUAAAGGAUCCUUUUCCUCUCCUUUUCUCCUUGAAAGCUCUUAUUAAAUGCAGUCUUCCAAUUUGCUUUUGGUCACUGUUGGCUUCAUCCUCUGAGGAUGUUAUAAGAUGUACCAUUCAUCAGAUCCAGGGAACUGUGCAUAUAGGGCCAGGCUGUAAAAAGGAAUAGUCCCUGAGGUAUUUGAUUCUGAGAACUUUUGCCAUUGAGAAUUGAGUAGUGGCUCCCCGUAAACUUCAUUCAAAAGAUAUCCUUUUUCCAUUUAAAAGUUCUCAGGCCAGCAACCUCCCUGAACUUCCUAAAAGUAGGGUGUGAAAUAUCAAUGUACAUGAGAUAAUUGGAUUGUCACUUAACUUCCCAGUCCAACUUUAUCAGACACUUAGGACUCAUUGCUAGUCUUGAGAGUUUCUCAAAUUCUCCCAUUCUCUGACUAUAAAGUCCCAUUAUAGCAUGAUGAGUCUUCCUAUAUACUGCCAGACGUCUAAUCCAUAUAUUCCAGCAAGUUACAUACACGUACACACGUCUAAGUAAAUGUGCAGAAAAGCUCUGUGUUCUUAUAAUUAAAGUCAAAUGACAUUUUAAAGGCUACAGUAUUCAAUCAUGAUAGCAUCACUUCCUCUCUGUCUCUAAUUCCCAUCUAUGGUAUGAGUAGUUCAAAAGGAGAAAACCUGAAACUAUCGGUUUAUAUUUUCAAUAUUUCUAUUAAAAUUCGAACUUUCCCAGAAUCCAGUGUCUGUUAGCCUUGGUCCACUCUAAGAUGUAGUGAUAGUUCUUAUGGACACACUGAAGAGAUUAGUCGUGCCUUUUUUUUGGUGGUGGUGGUUGUAAGGUAAUGAGAUAUUCAAUUAUGCUAAGUUUAGAUAGAGCUAGAAGAUGAUAAAAAAAAAGGGGGGGGGUGAUUCGGGUACUGGAUAGUAGGUUGGACUCGAAAGAACUAUAAAAUGCUUUCCAACUCUGAAGUUCUAUCCAUCUACAAGAAGCAUUUCUUUUGUAGUUGUAUAGUAUGAUCUUCUGUUAGGAUUGAAUAAUAGGGAGAAGACAUAUCACUUUAUGGUUAAAUAUUGUACAAUGAGCAUCUUUUGCGGUCAGAGGGUAUGUAGGUUACUUUAUUUAGUUAAGUGACUCUUCAACUCCACCAUCCUUUCCCCCAACCAAGUGACUUUGUCUUUGUGACUCACAACUCACUCCCCUGCUAUCCCUGAUACUUGUGGUGCUGCUGUGAGUACUAAUCCAAACCAGUCAUUAGAGACAAGGAAACAAACAUAUUUCCAGUAAAUGGCAGACCCAGAGCCAAACUGAGGUCUUCUGAUCCCAAAGCCAGUAUUCUUUGUAUUAUAGUGCCUUGGCUACCUCUAGUUAGUUUUGUGAGCAUCUCUGAGAGAGGGAAAAAAAAAGUGGGGUAAGGAAAGGCUAGUAGUUAAACCUCAGGAAUGAUACUGUGCAUUUCCUUAAUAUAGUUAAAUCACAACCCACCCCCAGGAUCAAAAACCUGAUCACAAUUUGUGUCACCCAUUCAUGAAAGUUUCUGCUUGAACUUUAAUGAUAACAAGGGAUUAGGUCUGAAUGGAUAGUGUUCCUCACUGUUCCCUAGACUUCAGAAUCCUCAAAUUGCAACUAGGGAGAAUCUUUUUAGAAUCUAGAUAAUUUUUCUUUUGGCCCCAAACUUCUCCCAGGAAAAGCUACUAUGAUAAAGAAACUAAGUGUGGUAUUUCUGCUCAUUCAGAUAAUAGUUUUAGUGGGAUUUCUUAUUUGGAAAUUUGAAACUGCAAGCUGAACUCAGAGCAGGGAUGGAGUUGUGAUCCUCUCCUCAUUCCCUUGAACUUCUUAAUUGAAGAUAGGAAAUGGAUAAAGGUAAACAUUUAAAAGAAAUGAAAAAUAUCCUCUAAUUCCAUCUCCCCAAUCAAGAUUGGUACUCUAGAAAGCAAGAAAUAGGAAGUGAGGGUAGGAUGGGAUGAGUGGGAAGGGGAAAGAGGAAAGAUGAGGCAGGAAUGAGGAGAGAAGCAUAUUGAGAACUAUUUUAGAGGAGACUCUGGAUUGUUUGAGCCUAGUUUGAGAGUUUUCAGAGAAGGAAAAUGAAGAUGAUUGUGGGUGGGUAGUUCAGAGAUAAAGUCCCUGAGGGUUUUUACAUUUUUGUCUCUGAGAAAGUAGGAAGCUUGAGCUAUAUGCUUUAGAAAGAUCCUUCCAGCUCAGAUUUAUUUCAAAAGGACGAGAAUGUCUAGAAGAAGACAAUAAACAGUGGGUUUGUUGCUGCAUAACAAGGGUUUUUAACCUGGAAUCUGUGAACCUAUUUAAUGUAUAUGUUAAGUACAUUUAAAAGUAUUGUAAUGAGAAGGGGUUCAUAGUCCUUACCAAAUUGCCAAAGGGGUCCAUGACACACAAAUAGAUAAAGAAUACCUGCUUGAGAAAGUACAGGGUCUGGAGAAACUAUUAAAGUGACUAAAACAGUAAAAAAAGAUGGAAGAAUGAACUCUUUCCCAACCUGGACAUUAGAAGGAGGGGUUUCUAGGAGUUGGGUCAAGGUCAUCUUAAAUCAAUUUGUCUUAUCCAGGGAUGGGCAGUGACUUUGAAUAGAUUUGCUUCCCUAAAAGUGAACCUAGCCUAAGUAUAUACCUAAAUGAGUCAUAUAAAUUCACAGAGAAUAGAUCCCUAAUAAGUUAAUGAGGAGAGAAAGAGCUUUGGAGACCUCAAUGACUCCUAAGGAUACUAUCCAGGAGGCUAUCACAACCUCCAGCAACUUCUGUGACUUCUUGAGAUCCUACCUGAGAUAGGAUUCUAGGUUAGACCGAAAGGAAUUUGGUGGUGGCUACCAUUUAAAGUAUCCCUGCCCUAAAGAUAAGAUGUCAUUUUCUUUGGAUCUAAUGUUAGGAAGAUAGAGGAAGGAAUGCUCUAGAAACCAGUUUUGUAUAGUUCCUUGGUGGGGGGUGAGGGAGAGGUCUUAAAGCAGGGUCUUUGAACCAUAAAGCUCCCCCCCACCAUGUACAUGUUCACUUCCUGAGUAUUUCCCAUACAUUUUGGCCCCAAUUUCAGGGAUGUAGUGCUAUGGCCAAGCUUACAUGGACAAACACAGACACCAGAUUAGAUGUUCCUUCUGUGACUUUGGUUUAUUAAGGCAGCUUUGGACCCAGCUUUGAAGAACCAGGCAUUAUCCAUCUCCAAGACUUCCAAGUCCUUCAGCUUCCAGACAGACCCUGUCCCACCAUUGGUUUGAGAUUGGGAUCCGGAGAAGUCUUAACCAUAUUACUUGAGAAACCUAUCCCUCCCUGGUCAUGUCUAGCCAGUCCUCACCUUUUGAACUCCUUAAAGACCCAGGUCUGAGUAGGACAGAGAAGGUUUAAGAGGCAGGUUCUAUUCCCAUCCAUCAAAAUUUGUAAUCAAACCCCUUUUCCCAGUGUUCUCAGGUAGAUUGCCUGGGGAGUAGGACAAUGGGCUGUUUGGCUCCUCCCCUAGAUAUGGAUAUCUGGAAUUAAUCCUGCAAAGUUGCUGCAUCCCCUCUUGCCACCUGCCUGUUUGGUUUGGAAGAGCUGCUAUCAUCACCUUCUUGAUUAUCCUUUUUUCCAGUCAACCACUCCCUUUUACAGAGCACCAUCUUGCUCUGGCGGAGAAAGUUGGGGCUGGAGAAGCAGUAGAGCACAGGAUCAAGGGUGCUGGUGAGGUAGGUGAAAGCCAGCGAUCCUUGGAACAGGUCAACACAGAGGUGGAGGAUGUAGCAGUUCCCCCAUCGGAAAGCCAGAAGGGAGGCUAUGGCGAAGAUAACGCUGGGCAAGAAGCAGAAAAAGUAGACGGCAAAUACCACUCCCAGGACAAGCAUUGCCCGUCGAGCUCCUGCUUGCUUGCCAAGGUUCCGCCGUCUGAUGGUAAAGAUGAUGCUGAAGGUACAGAAAAGGAUGAUUCCCAAUGGCAGAAAAAGUUCCACCCCAGUGAGUAUAUGGUGCCAGCUCUGGGCAGUAGAGUAGUAAGUGAGGUUGACUGUAAAACCGAUGCAAGAGUUUCUGGAAGAGUAGAGGGUAUCGGACUC